AAAUCCGGGGGCCAUUAUUCUAACCAAACAUGGCCUUAUGCUUCGCUUGCGCUUCAUAUCACAGGGCAACAGGGACCCUCCUCUCAUUAUAGUAUUAUAAAUCUUCCCCUCUGCCUUUCACUAUAUACAACUUUCUUCCAUCUGCCAUGAUACUACUGUGCCAAAACUAUUCUGUCUAGUUUCUGGGAAAACACAAAACUAAACAGAUAUAUAUGGGCAAUCACAAGUUUAGGUUAUCAGACAUGAUCCCAAAUGCCUGGUUUUACAAGCUUAGAGACAUGGGGAGAAAAACAAGAACCUCUUCUAAGAAGAAAACCCAAAACCAAACCUCGUCGACAUCUGGUUUUCGCAACCCGAAUGUUUCUCAGCCUAGGCAAUCCUAUUAUUACACCAGAGACUCUGGUGCUAAAGGCUACAAGCUGUACAAUUCGCCGGCGAACACAAAAUCCUCCGGGAAUUCUCACUUUCUUGAUCCUCCGAGAAGGUCUUCCCGGCGGCGGUCGAGGAGGAAGACAAUUUACAGGCCUUCUCCGGCUCUGUGUACUUGUGGCGGCGGUGAAGGGGAUUGGUACUUGGAUAGAGAUGGUUGGUCUCCUUUGGCCGAGUUUGACGAUUUGCUCAAAUCGCCGACGUCGGAGUUCGAUUCCGACGCCGGCGAUUUGCCGCAGUCGUUCAACGGGCUCGCUUCCUGGUCGAGCUCCUUCAGCUCCUCCGCCACGGAUAUAGUCCUGGACAUGAACGAGAAAUCCCGGACGGAAGAGCUAGCCAUCUCCGAGCUAGACCUCCGGCCAAUUCUCACCAAGCUCCCCGCCGGAAAUUCAAGAAACUCUGACGCCGUAGACGAAGAAGGGUCGACGAUGAAGGAGGAGAGGAGCGGCGGCGGCGGCGGCGGCAAGAGUAGACCAAGGAAAUCUUUCUCGCAGUCCACGGGAGUGAAGCUUCGAGUGAAUUCUCCCAAGAUAGGCAGCCGGAAAAUCCAGAGCCAUGCCCGGAAAAGCGUGUCGUCGUCGGGAAAGCGAUCAAAAGCGGCGGCGGCGGCGAAGAAGAAGAGCUUCUCCGGGAGCUUUGCGGUGGUUAAGGCUUCGUUGGAUCCGGAGAAGGAUUUCAAAGAAUCGAUGAUGGAGAUGAUCGUGGAGAACAAUAUAAAGAGUUCAAAGGACUUGGAAGAUCUUCUUGCUUGUUAUCUUUCCUUGAAUUCUGACGAGUAUCAUGCCCUCAUCAUUAAGGCGUUUCAGCAUAUUUGGUUCAACCUCUCUCAUCUCCAUUUCUAAAAACCUUCCAAAUUUAUCUUUUCAUCCUUUCCUCUUUAGUUGUAAUUACUAAUUUAUUAGCCGCCAUUCCUUUGUACAAAAUAAUUUUGGUUUAACGAGUGUAAAAACUAUGCAAAUUUAUGUAUCAACAACAUUUGGAAUUUUGCACCCUC